AUGUCUGAAAGAAUAAAGUUGGUCCUAAGCGCUCUUUUGGUUCUCGGUUUGGUGAUUCAUGUAACCAUAGGUCAGGAUGCGACGACAGGGGCUGCUGGUACGACAGCUCCACCAACGACACCAGCUCCAGGAACAACACCAGCACCAGCAACGAACUCAACUCCCCCAGGAGGCGGCAAUGGAACUCAGCCAGGAAACGGACAUGGAUCAAACGCAACACACCCUUCUGCAUCCUCGCCAAAAGAUGAUGGACCCGAUGAAUCUGUCGACUACUGCGUACCCUCGAUGUGCCCGCCUGGACACCACCAUGUGGCAUGCAACGUUUCAGUGACGAUGCGACCCUCCUGCGCUUUAGACGCCGAUACUGUGGACAUCACCGAAAAGCUUAGGAAUUUUCUAUUAAAAACCCUCAACGAACUGCGGAACAAGGUGGCCAAAGGUGGCUUCAGCGGGCUAACACCUGCUGCUAGGAUGGCCUCUGUGAGGUGGGAUCCGGAUCUGGCCUACUUGGCGGAGUUCAACGUACGGAAAUGCUAUAUGACCCACGACGAUUGCAGGAGCACUAAAAAGUUCCCGAAUGCUGGCCAGGCCGUGGCGUAUCGAGGCUUUAAAGGUAAGGUCCCAGACCUGGAGGACAUUAUAAAGGAUUGCUUCGGAAUGUGGAUGAAACAAAACCUCCACGCCCAUAUGGCUGACGUACUGAAGUACAAGGGACACAAAAUCGGACCGCCAAUAUACAACUUCUUACAACUGAUGGUGGAUCACAGUGAUCAUUUGGGCUGUGCCAUUCUGCAGCAGACUUACAAUGGAUGGCGCCAAACCUAUCUGACCUGCAACUUUGCCUCGGCACCCAUACAGGGGAAACACGUCUUCGCCACCAGCGGGACGGCGGGUACGGGAUGCCAAACAGGAAAGCAUCCAACUUAUGCUCAUCUGUGCUCCGAAAAGGAAACAUAUGCCAAGGAAGAUCCUAAGGCUGAUUUCACCUAUCUUCGGGCGGAGGAUGAGCCAGAUACUCUGCUACAAUCAUGGAUUUACGACGAUUCGGAUAACCAGGACGACUUGGAAUAUAUCCACCAUGGAAUACACAUUAUAAUGCCCGAUCACGAGGAAUUCGAAUUUUUGCAAGCAGCUGAUGGUACAACUGCUGCGGCUGGUGGGACUACCGCAGCUCCAGCGGCUGGUGGGACUACCGCAGCUCCAGCAGCUGGUGGGACUACCGCAGCUCCAGCAGCUGGUGGGACUACCGCAGCUCCAGCGACUGGUGGAACUACCGCAGCUCCAGCCGGAAACAUAACAGCUGCAGGAGGAAACAAUACAACUGGAGGCGGGGGAGCAACACAGGCCACCGGAGAAGAUGAGAACACGGAGGCAGAAGCUCUAGCCGAACCAACUACUGCGGCUCCCGACCUAUCUGCACUCCAGAGAAAGUUUGCACGCUUCAUAUUCCUAAUGGACCUGGCAGAAACACGGAGCUCCCAUCGGAACUAUGUGAUCACAACGAGUAACCACGCGGUGAAAGAUAAUCACCACAUGAAUUCCACAAAAAAGAGUAAGAAAGCAGCCAGGAGCCGGAUGAAUAUUUAA